GGAGAGCUGCUCCACGCAGUUAAGCAGAAGGCUUCACCUGCUGUAGUGGAGGGGCCUCCCUGUGUGGGCAUUGCUGGCUCUGCAACAUGGACUCACAGCACUGCAAAAUGAAUGGUGACUCUUUCCAGGAAUCUAGCUACAUUGAAGACUCCCCCAGCAAAAAUGGUGUGAUUUCUUUGAUUUUCUCUCUGAAAGAAGAAGUUGGGGCAUUGGCUAAAGUCCUGCGCACAUUUGAGGAAAAAGGUAUAAACCUGACCCACAUUGAGUCCCGACCUUCCCGUCUCAACAAAGAUGAGUAUGAAUUCUUCAUUAACCUGGAAGGCAAGAAUGUCCCAGCACUGGACAAGAUCAUCAAGUCCUUGAGAAGUGAUAUUGGAGCAACAGUCCAUGAGCUCUCACGGACAAAGAAGAAGGACACUGUACCGUGGUUCCCAAGAAGUAUCCAGGAGCUGGACAGGUUUGCCAAUCAGAUCCUAAGCUACGGAGCAGAAUUGGAUGCUGAUCAUCCUGGGUUCAAAGAUCCCGUGUACCGGGCCCGCAGGAAGGAGUUUGCGGAUAUCGCCUACAACUACAGACAUGGCCAACCUAUUCCUCGUGUCACCUAUACAGAAGAAGAAAAGAAAACCUGGGGCACUGUCUUCAGGGAGCUGAAGACUCUGUAUCCAACUCAUGCUUGCUAUGAACACAACCACGUGUUCCCACUGCUGGAGAAGUACUGUGGCUACAGGGAGGACAAUAUUCCCCAGCUUGAAGAUGUUUCAAAUUUCUUGCAGAGCUGCACUGGGUUUCGGCUGCGUCCCGUGGCAGGCUUGCUCUCCUCUCGGGAUUUCCUGGCUGGGCUGGCGUUCCGCGUGUUCCACUCCACGCAGUACAUCCGCCACGCCUCCAAGCCCAUGUACACCCCGGAGCCUGACAUUUGUCAUGAGCUGCUAGGACACGUGCCUCUUUUUGCUGAUCCCAGUUUUGCUCAGUUUUCCCAGGAAAUUGGACUGGCAUCUCUGGGAGCUCCAGAUGAUUUCAUCGAGAAACUUGCUACGGUUUAUUGGUUUACAGUUGAGUUUGGACUUUGUAAGGAAGGAGAUUCCCUCAAGGCAUAUGGUGCAGGGCUGCUGUCUUCAUUUGGGGAGCUGCAGUAUUGUUUAUCAAGUAAGCCUGAGAUUCGGCCUCUUGUCCUGGAGAAGACUUCUGUGCAGAAGUACUGUGUUACUGAGUUCCAGCCUAUCUACUAUGUUGCUGAAAGUUUUAAAGAUGCAAAAGAAAAGCUAAGGAAAUUUGCUCAAACAAUCCCUCGUCCUUUCUCUGUUCGGUACAAUCCCUACACACAGAGGAUUGAAGUCUUGGACAAUGCAAAGCAGCUGAAGAACUUAGCUGACACGAUCAAUAGUGAGAUUGGGAUCCUUUGCAAUGCCCUCCAGAAGAUCAAAUGAAGAUUUGCUGUAACUUGCUAGUGACUAGAAGCUAUCAUGUGCAAGUGCCAGUCUUGAUCUAGCCUCAGUCUAUUAUCUUCCAGUGAACUGCAUCAAUAAUUAUGUUAUAAAUCUUAGUUAUUAGAGAUUAGCAGAGAAAUAGACAUCUAUAGGUGACUCUCAACUCUUCUGGCCUUCAGACACUAAUCCAUUUUUUCUCACUAACGUAUAAAAGUUACCUUAUUCCUGGGAACCUGGGGGAAGUCUGUGCAUGUUUUGUGCCAAAGGUUAGCAGAAGGAGAUCUUCACCAUGCAGAGCAUAAUCUGCUGCACCUGGGAGGUCUGGGACCAGGGAUGGGAUGCCAAUGAUGAACAGAGUGAUCCACCUUGCCUUCUCUCAAAGUCACUCUCCACUCAGGGCCUCCCAAUUGUCCAAGGUUCCCAUGGAGUCUGGAACUCUACACCUUUCAGGAUACACAGGGAGAUCUUUCAGGAUACAAGGGGAGAUUUCUCUUACAGGCAUAUUCAUCUGCUCACAUGAUGGCUGGUGUGUGAAGGCUGCAUUCUUUGUGUGUCCUUCCCUGAGAGAGGUCUCACAGCCUAGAAGGUGGAUACCAGCAGCUUGGAAAUUGAGAGGAAAUGCCUGUUACAAUGCAGCUGAAGGUGCUGGAGCCUUCCAAUUCCUAACUCAGUCUGUCUGUGGCUAGAGUCCCCACCAAAGCCAUGGAAGGCCUGGGUCAGCUGUGUUCCGUGUAACUGCAUUCAAACCCAAACAUGUUAUGUUUCAAAACAGGUCCUAAGUAAUGACAUUUUUUUGUAAUUUUUUUGUAGCUCCACUGCCCUUUUGAGCUUUAAUCUCCCUCUUUUUUUGGGGGGGUGAAAGCAGUUUAAUUUUUCCUGAAGUAUAUCUCAACUGUGUCAGGAAACGGAACCAAAGGUGGCUCCAGCUUAACUCAGCAGCUGAGCAUGGAGAGAGAAGAGUCUUGCUGUUCAGGAAGCUCUUUCUGUAUUUAUCCAAUAAAUUUCACUCGAUCAACUGA